ACUCUUGUACUGUUAACCCAUCAACCCAAUUCAGCAAGUUUUUGUCUUUGUUGGAAAACAUCAUAACCCUUUUCAUCACUCACUUUCCCUUACAUUCUUCCUAAACCAAAACUCCUUGUUGUUAACAUUAUGAAGAACAAGAACAACCUCAGUUGCUGUUGUGUGUUGUUGCACUUUUUCUCUUGUCUCCUUUUGCCAGCUCUUGUUUUUUCCCACGUCCAUGGAAACCCUGCCAAUGACAUUGUUGAUAUUAUAAACAAGAACAGAACAGAUCAAAAGCUCCCUCUCUUGAAUGACUCUCCUGGUUUAGGGUGCAUGGCCUUACAAUAUGUUGAACUAUGCAAAGGAAACUGCACUGACAACAAUGUUGUUAACUGCAAACCUCCCGAAGACGAUUUCACCGAAGUCUUUGCUCCCAAUUGCGGUGUAGAGUUACCGACUUUUGGUACCAUAACCGGACUCAUUGUUGGUUGUCAAAGGAAAUACCUCGAACCAUCAUUAGCAUUUUCACAAGUUCUAAUUAAAGAUAAGAAAUCUUUGUCCUCUUUGACAAAUAAAUCACAUACUGAGAUAGGAGUAGGCCUUGUUGGAGUUCAUAAAGGACCUUUCUUUUGGUGUGUUUUGUUUAGUAAUGGAAAGGUUAACUCUACAUUUGUGCUUGAAAAUCGCGGUGAAGGGAUCAAACAAAAAAAAGGGUGUUAUAGUGGAAGCAAUACUCCAUGCAGUGGAGGACAGAAAAAUGGUGUUCCAUUUUUUGUCUUCUUUUUUAUUUGUUAUGUGUUCAUUCUGCUAUUUAAACUUUUGUGAUCAAUUUAUAGUAAUGCAAGAUCUUCACGUGACAAUUCUUGAAUUGUGUUUUUCUUUAAGUUCA